AUUUUGGCGAAAAUUGAGAAUUGUUUAACGUCGUGUCGUUGCGCGUGGAUUGGUCUUGCUUUAACCUGAAAGAUGUCUAAACGAGGACGUGGUGGAACAGCUGGAGCAAAAUUCCGCAUUUCUCUGGGUUUACCAGUAGGUGCUGUAAUUAAUUGUGCAGAUAAUACUGGUGCAAAAAAUUUAUAUAUAAUUGCUGUCAAUGGCAUCAAGGGUCGUUUAAAUAGACUUCCUGCUGCAGGUGCUGGUGAUAUGAUUGUUGCAACUGUUAAGAAGGGAAAGCCUGAACUGCGAAAAAAAGUUAUGCCAGCAGUAGUGAUUAGACAGAGAAAGCCAUAUCGCAGGAAGGAUGGUGUUUUUCUCUAUUUUGAAGAUAAUGCUGGCGUAAUAGUAAACAAUAAAGGUGAAAUGAAAGGUUCUGCUAUUACUGGUCCUGUUGCAAAGGAAUGUGCUGAUUUAUGGCCCAGAAUUGCAUCAAAUGCCAGUAGUAUUGCAUAAUAAUGCAAAUAUAUUGUAAUAUUUCAAGAAUUUAAAAUAAAAUGUUUUAAAAUUCUCA